ACUAAUAAUAGCAAGCCUUACUUACCGCAAACUCAAACUUCUAGUGCCGUGGGCCCGAGGCCUGAGCUACUAUGUAUGUAGUACUUACGCCAGAAGUUCGAACUUCGCCCACAAGGCUGAGCGCUGAGUAACAUUCAUGGAGCAGCACCGAGCUUACUCAUCUGAUACAUGUACAGCCAUGAUUAUGGGUUGGUAAAAUACUAGACUCGAAAGUUGCUCGAAAGCAUCGCUAUCCGAAUCUACCCAGUUCGCCAAUCCCAAUAUGCCUCUAGUCUCAAAUAAUCCCGCUUGGUUGUCGUACCUGGAUUGGUGUCGAGUUCUCAAUUAUUUUAUAGUUGCGGCCUCUACUGCGGUGGUAUACGAUUGGGUACUGACAUUUGCACAAGAGUUUGAACUGGUUUGGAGGCGACGUUGGUCGCUCGUGACUGUUCUUUAUAUUUGUGUGCGCUACCUUGGAAUACUAUAUUCUAUCGUCUACAUACUGGGGAAUCUCCCAGUCUCGAUGACAGAUUUGGUGGGCGCCAUCUUUUACUUUAUAAUGGCAUGGACGCCUGUCGUUGUCAAUGCCAUGUUGGGCAUCAUCAUGAUGACUCGGAUACAGGCGAUGUAUCGUCGAUCCAAAACGAUUUCCAUCUUUCUCGUUGUAGUCUUGCUGGCUUCCACGAUCGCCUCCGCGGUUAUGACGGGAAUGGGAAACAUCCAUGUUUCAGGGGAGGAGCUCAUCCUUUUUGGCAUUCAUACAUGUUCCGUCCUCAAUGACACAAACGACAUACAUCUGAAUGGCGAGGUUGUGAUACCCACCGUUGUAUGGGAGAUCCUAGCCUUGUGUCUUGCGGUCUGGAUCGUUGUACUACGCUUCUGUGAACUGCGACGAUCACAGACAGGAUCACCCAUUGGAGACAGUUUCACGAUGUUAAUAAAAAGCCACGUGCUGUACUUUGUAGCCUUUGCUGCUGUGUCUUGCUUCCAACUCGGCUCACUGUCUGUAACGAUGACGAACUCCAUAUCCACGGGAACUGCUGUUUAUCAUGGCAUUCUCCAAAUUGCCCAGUUCAUGCAGAUGUUUGUGCUGGGACCACGUCUUAUACUUAGCGUUCGAGAAUAUCACGCUAAGCUCGUGAUGACCAGCUCUUACGAGGAAACUGGUAUGACUACGCUUAGUUUCCGCGAGCGCGGACAUGUAUCAACCGAUGGUAGUAGUGUGUAGCACAGUAAACUAUCCAAGCGAUCAAAUCCAGGUGUUGUACAGCAAUCCCUCAUACCGUCCGUUCGGUGGUAUGAUAUGACGACCCGCAUCGUUGGCUUGUUGAGCUUGGUGAAUCCUACCAAUACUCAUAUUUACCCCAGUCAUUUUUCAGUUGAAGUAAGACGGUGUCAGACACGGUCUGUAGGGUUCAUGC